AUGCGCUGGCUGAUCUCGUGGGUUGGCGGGCCCGCGGGCUACGUCAACCCGUCGCGGGAGGCCGCCAUCGCAAGCGACAAGUCCGUCGUCGGGCUCAUGUCGCUGCCCGUCGGCCAGCGCCAGAAGGGGCUGCACUACCACUCCGUGACUGAGAUCUACGUCAUCUUGAAGGGCGAGCUGGAGGGGUACGACCACACUGGCCACCCGCACCGCGCGGGCCCGCUGGACUGCAUGUACAUACCGAAGGGCGUGCCGCAUGGCGUGCGGAACUGUGGGGCCGAGGACUGCGAGCUGGUGUGGGUGCAUGAUGGGAUUGAGAAGAUUGGGACGAGUAAGUACUUUAUGGAUGGGGUGGUUCCUGCGGAUUAUCCGCCGCAGCCGGAUAUUACCAUUGUGCGGUUUGCGGAUCUCGAGCCGAGUUAUUCGCCGUUUAAGGCGAAGGAGGUCGAGUGGAUGCGGUGGGUGGUGUCGUGGGUUGCGGGGAAGAAGGAGGAUGGGUAUGAGAAUUAUAAUCCAGGCGUCGCGGCGGCGAGCGAGAAGUGUGGGAUUGGGAUGACGGUGAUACAGCCAGGGCAGAAGAGCGUGCCGUAUACUCAAAAAGAUGCGGAGACAUUGGUUGUGAUGCGAGGGAAGGCGUUGAUCAAUUUUGCCGAGGAGAGCAAGGGGAAGUGGAGAGAGGAGUUGGGGAGGUUGGAUGGGGCGUAUGUGCCGGGCUGUGCGGUGAGGGGGGUUAGGAAUCAUGGGGAUGAGCCGUUGUUUUUGAUGUGUGUGCAAGAGAGGCCGCAGAGAGUGGGGAAUGUGGUGUAUCACUGA